UUGUCCAAAAUUGAUCGUACAGCGCACAAGCAAUUAAGCACCGUUCAAAAAGAACAGUUAUACGAGUCUCGUUCCCUUCACCAAUCUCAAAAUCCAAAUACAUGCGCCAGUUCUUCAGCUGUUCUGCCUCCAGAGGUUUCACGUGAAAAUAUGGUCUCUUGAUCUGCUCUUCAAAAGGCAAGCGAGCGACAAUCAUUGCCUCUGUUUCUUUGUGCCAUCGGUAACGCGUUGAUAGUAUUUCCGCGCGGAAAUGUGGAAGUGCUUCCGGGUGAAUCUUUUUCCGAAUAA